AUGAAGGGGCGAGCCUACAUCCCCACAUCUCUUGGAAUCCGAUGGCGCCUCUCGGAUUCAGAUGAGGUCGAUCGAUGGAUAAGCGAUUGUGAUAGGUCAGAUGACCCCCAAAGUGUGGAUGAGGGAGUUGAUGAGGGGGCCGUAGGGGGCGGAGAGUUGUCAGAGGAAAGGGGAGAAUCACAGGCUGUGGAAGCAUUAGAAGACUUGAAAUGCGUCGUGACACUUGGACUGCAAAUGGCGGCUUGUCUUCCCUUUAAUACGCGUGCUAUUCUAGUUUCUUUGUUGAUGGCAAUCUGCGUGCAAGAGCUGGUUCUCCUUGGGGUCUAUUCAACACCGGCAGUCGAGUUGGAGCGGCAGCGGACACUGGAUUUCAUUUUGGAAAAGGGACAGAAGGAAGUGGCACAGCUCGAAGCUUGUGGCCAGUCGUGCAGUGCUUUGCGUCGAUUAAGAAAAAUGCUGCCGCUGAUGCAGCACAUUAGAAAUGCUCCAUCGGAACCGAACCCUACGGAGCUGGGUGUGGAGGCAACCAUCUCCCAUCGUAGAGUUGUUGAAUGUAAAUGGGCUCUACAGCAGCUGAAACCCUGGAUAGAAGGGUCAAUUCCGACCCCCAGGGGCAUCGUUGACAAAGUGCUUCAGCUGCUUGCGUUUGCGCGUCGCUCGGGCAAAGGAAGGGUCACAGCAAACAACGUUACUUAUUCCUGGCUGGACAUGGUACAACAACAGGUUAAUUUUGCUGGGAUUGCGAAACCACGUGAGGAUGCCGGGACCAGUACGCGUAUGGCAGUAGGGGAACAGUUGGAUUUUCUUAGCAAACGCUACGGAAGACUCUCCAAAGCGCUUACCCACAGCAUCCAAUCCGCAUUGAGCGAUACGCCGCUGGAAGAGCCCCGUCAAGAACACCACCAGCAAGACGCACAGCAGCUGCUGCAGAACCAGAACAUCGUCCACCAGCAGCAACAUCAGUGGACCAACCACCCUUCAAACAUCAAUCCUGGACCCAGUUCCAUCCUCCAACCUCUUGCUGAGCAACCGCCUGCCCAAACAGCUGGC